AUGGAGACCUGGAUGAGCUGGGCUGUGUUCCUGGGCAUUGCAGGCGCAGCCUACUGGUACUACAACCAGAACACCGGUGCAAUUGCGCGGGGCCGCUCGACCACACGCACUCCAACAGCCAGCUCAUUGAAGGACGCAGCUCAAUGGACUGACUCGGAGCGCAAGCCAAAGGCAGCACCGAAGCCCGCAAAGCCGGCCAAGGCCAAGGCGCCUCGCAAGACGGUCAAGACGACCGUCCAGGAAGUCGCAAAUAAGGCAGAGGCAUACUUGUCCACCGCAUCAUCCACGGCCGACGCCGACGCCGACGAUGACCUCUCCCCGGUCGCCUCUCCCGCCAUCGCCUCGAACAAGGCCCCGAGUGGCAGGGAUGUCUCUGACAUGUUGGGUAACCAGGCUGCGGUGCCCUCAGUUCUGAGCAUCAAGCCCUCUGAGAAGCACAGCCGUCCCGCUAAGCCCCAGGCGCAGAAGGCAGAUGUCUCCCAGGAGACGAAGAAGCAGCGCCAGAACAAGAAGAAGGUGGAGGAGGCCAAGGCUGCCCGUGAAGUGGAAGAGAAGCAACGCCAAGCCCUCCUCGAGCAGCAGCGACGCACUGCCCGUGAGGCUCGUGGAGAGUCGGCCAAGAACGGUCUCCAAGCUGCUAAGGCCCCUACGUCGAACGCUUGGACCGCGGUCCCGUCUCGCGGUGCUGCUCAGGGCGGACCUGUUCAAGCUCCCGCAUCGGCCUCUACCGGCCAGCUCCUCGAUACUUUCGAAGCUGCCCCGACCACCAGCUCGAGCAAUGCCCCUACCAACGGCACGACAUCGACAUCUGAUUCGUACAACGGUCUGCCCUCCGAGGAAGAGCAGUUGAGGCUCGCCAUGGAGGAUUCUGCCUGGACGACUGUCCCCAAGGGUGGCAAGAAGCAGCGUAAGACUAUCAAUGAUGAGCUGCUCGAGGAGGGUAGCAACUUCAGUGCCGUGCAGGAACACGUCCCGGCUAAGCCCGUCCGACCCACCCAGGCCAUGAAGCCUGAGAACCAAAAGCCCAGCUCUCGAUACCAAAUCCUCUCCGAGCCUUACAUCGCACAGGGCAACGAUGAUUCCGACUGGCCUGUCGUGUGA